GAAGUGGAACAAUUUGUCUCAGAGAGAGAGAGAGAGAGAGAGGUGAAGAGCAAGAGAGCGAAAACGAGAGAGCGACAGAGCAAGCACGCAAGAGAGAGAGAGAGAGAGAGAGAGAGGAAUCUGACCUCCCAGGACCUUCCAGUGACACUAUGGACAUUGCCAAGAAAUCCCUGAGUCUGCUGACCCCCACCUCCAUAUCCAGAUGUGUGACGGCCGGCGUGGCAGCCAGUGCCUCCGUGACCCAGCAGCUGCUGCCAGGCCGCACCCCGCGCCAACGCCCCUUCAGAGUCGCCAACGCCGACCGCUCCGUCAAGAAGGGCAUCAUGGCAGACAGCCUGGCUGACCUGAUGGACAAGGUGAUGGAUGCCCUGCACAUCUCCUGCGUGAGCGCCUUGGUGCUGGAGGAGGACGGCACAGGAGUGGACACGGAGGAUUACUUCCAUACACUGCCGGACAACGCAACCCUGAUGGUCCUGGAGAAGGGACAGACAUUCACUCCCACAGUCGUGCCUGCCAAUCAAAUCCAGACACUGCCCGUGCGCCGUGGCACAACUAGCAGCAGCAGGAAAGAUGUAGCCAAGUUCACCUUUGACCUCUACAAGAACCACCCAAAGCAGUUCAUUGGCUGCCUGAACGUGAGCGCCACUCUGUACGGCAUUUACUCCGUGUCUUACAACAUUCGCUGCUACGAGGCUAAGAGGAUAUUGAAGGAGGCCUUGAGAUGGGCCUUGUUUACGAUGCAGACCACAGGCCACCUCCUGCUGGGCACCUCCUGCUACAUGGAGGCCCUGCUGGAGGACGAGGAGGAGCUGGAGCCGGAGCCGGAGCCGGAGCUGUGCCAGCACUGGGCCAAGGGCCACCUGAAGGCAGCCGAGGCCGGCCUCGUGUCGCGUUACCUCUGGGGGAAGAGCGAUGCUUGAGACUGGGCUGAGUACUCUCCCACUGAGAGAACACUUGAGAAAGGGCUUAAAGAGAACGAGGAGGGUUGAGGGGGUGACAUCUUGAACUGGGUGGGGGGGGGAGUGGGGAGUGGGUGAAGUGCUCAGGGCGGUGGGUGGGGACUGUGACGACAGAUCACUGCAAUGCACCUCAACAUCAUCUCAGCACUCCCUUCGUCCGCAACGUGUAUUUUGGACACCGUGCAAUAAGUCAUGUGAUGUCAUGCCAUGUCCUUACACAAUUAUUUUGACAGCUGCUGCAUUGUAAUUGAUUCUUGUCCAUGGAUCAAUGUAUUAUUAUGUAUUGAUUGUUGGCUGUUACAUAGAGUGUAUCGUAUGUUUUGUCUCGCAUAUUCACAAGGUAUUUAUAAGAACUUUGUACAAUGACUGCAUCAAUAUGUGUGAACGAUUUUUGCGGCGAAAGAAUGCUCUAUAUAGUAUUUAUUUUACUCAGGGUACUAUAUACAGUAGUACUAACCUUGACUGCACUUUAUUUUUUUCCACUCUGUUAUUCUAAUAAAAAUAUGUUAAAAAGUA